AUGGCGCCACAAACCGGAGUUUCAAAACUGGCAAAACUGCGAGAGUUAAUGAAAGCGUUACCUGCGAAUGGUUUUGAAAAAAAAGGAAUGCAAGCUUUUAUACUUUAUUAUGGAGAUGCCCAUCAAUCGGAGUACUUAAGAAACAGAGACAAGAGGUUGCAUUUCAUUUCGGGAUUUAAAGGCUCUCGGGGAAUAGCCGUCAUUACCCACGACAGAGCUCUAUUAUGGACUGACGGUAGAUAUUUCCUUCAAGCCUUAAAUGAAUUUGAUCCACCCGAAGAAUGGACACUUAUGAAAGAAGGAGUCCUGGGGACACCUUCUCAAGCCGAGUGGCUAAUUUCGAAUUUACCGUUAAAUUCAACAGUAGCAGUCGACACGGAUGUAAUAAGUUAUACGGAUUUUGUUUCUAUGUCCACUAGUCUCGCCAAUAAAGGUCACAUUUUAAGUCCACUAGAGGAAAAUUUAGUGGAAAAAGUAUGGGGUGACGAGAGACCUCCACAAACAAGCAAUCCAAUAGUUCCACUGCCCUUAACCUACACCGGAAAAAAGGCCAAAGACAAAGUCGAACAAUGUCGAAAAAGUAUGAACGAGAACGGAGUAACUUACCUUUUAAUCUCGGCGUUGGACGAUGUAGCAUAUUUACUUAAUUUAAGGGGAUCUGAUAUCCCGUUCAAUCCAGUAUUCUUCGCGUAUGUUGUGGUAGGCAUUGAAGAGGUUCAUAUAUUUGUUGAUAAAAGUAGUCUUGUGGCAGAAGCUGAGCAACAACUGAAGAACGAAGGUCUUGAUCCUAUUUAUCAUCCCUAUGAAAAUAUCUUGAAGUUCUUGAGGGAAACAGCUUCUAUGGGUUUCAGCUAUGGUCGGGUUUGGAUUAGUGCUGGUUCGAGUUACGCUUUACAUGCCGCUUGUGGAGAAGGGCAUGUACAUAUUGCUUUUUCUCCAGUUAGUUUAAUGAAGAUGGUAAAAAACGAGAUUGAAAUUGAAGGAUUAAAGGCAGCACAUAUUAGAGAUGGCGUUGCACUUGUUAAAUACUUCUCUUGGUUGGAGGAACAAGUCACAAAUAAAAGUAACAAGUUAGCGGUAACAGAAAUCUCUGGAGCGGAUCAACUCUCUAAAUAUAGACAAGAACUAGAUUUGUUCGUCGGUCUAAGCUUUCCUACAAUUUCAUCAUCUGGAGCGCACGCAGCGAUAAUUCACUAUACUCCAUCACCAACCACUGAUGCACGAAUUACAGACAAAGAAAUUUACCUUUGCGACUCUGGAGCACAAUUUCUUGAUGGAACCACAGAUGUCACACGUACCUGGCAUUUUGGUAAACCAACAGACUAUGAACGCGAAUGCUUUACUCGUGUGUUCAAGGGACAGUAUUUUCUUAACACUGCUAAAUUUCCCAACAUGAUAAAGGGAAAUUAUCUGGAUACACUGGCCCGUAAAAGCUUGUGGGAUGUUGGUUUAGAUUAUCUGCAUGGAACUGGUCAUGGAGUAGGCGCAUAUUUGAAUGUUCAUGAAGGUCCCACCGGCAUUUCUUGGCGACCAAAUCCAGAUGAUCCAGGGAUGCAACCUGGCAUAUUCAUGUCGAAUGGUAAUUUCAAAACUUUCCUUUUUAUGUAUAAAACUAAAUUAUUUGAUAAUAGGCGAUUUGAAACCAUGUGAAGUUUUCUACGCAAGCGUCACGUCGUGAGCACAGCAAUCAUUCAAGUUAAUCGCCCCCAUCUCCAACCCAAUGCACACGAUAUUUUGUUUAAUUACCGAAAACGGAACUACGGAUUUCGAGCGAGUUGAAAGACAACGAAGUUAUAGAUUCGUUAAUCGACUAACGGAUUGUCAAAUUUAAUUUAGAGGCUUUGUCUGAUUUAGUCAACGCGAUACGGAUGGCUUUUGACAGGUGGCGUUACUAUCGCAUUGCAAUUUCUGCACACUAAAAUAAGUUUCUUCCUCACUUUACCACUAAUAAGAGAAAUCAAGUUUCGUCCACGGAAACGUCAUCUAUUGGGUAAUCUAUAACUUCGUCGUCUCUCAAUGAGCCUUCGAAGUCACAUAUUCAG